UAUACUGAUCUCUUAACAGCUUGGUUGACUCUUUCCCAUUGUAAUUAGUGAAAUCUCUUCGGGAAUUAUCAUUUUAGCUAGCUCUAGUUUUCACGAUUGUCUAAAAAUGGAGCGGAUAGUAGCUGUUUUUGUGAUGAUUUUCGUUGGAUUGUCUGCGGCUGCUGAACCUGAUUGGUCUUGUGACUUUGCAGUGGAUGAUUGCGGAAUUGAAAUGUUGCAGGGUAUCUGGACAAGAGUUUCGUUUAAUGGAAAUGGAAUGCUCGCAGCAGACGUAUCUACAAGCGUUACCGGUGACAUGUUUGUGUUCUCAAUUCCAUACAACUUCACGUCACCACAUGGAAACGUGUCUUUUGAUUACUUUAUUGCUGGUGUUGACACGGUGUUGUUGGUCUCGGCCUGCCGAGGAGACCGCGACCCCGUGGAACAACUGCUGGUUUACCAAUCAGCUCCUCUCGAUGCUUCGACAUUGAUCCCUUAUACAUGUGCAAACAUAAUGGAUGUACAGAUAAUUUUCAACGCUACAAGGCUUGAUGUACCACCAUUAAUCAGGUUAGAUAACAUCCAGAUAUAUGAAACGCCUUACGUAGAGGUCCCAACAACACUUGGCACGAUGCCUCCUACUACAGUCGAAGUAGCGCAAACAUCAAUGUCUACAGAUGGUACAAUUACCACAAGGCCUACUAGAGACCCACCCACUCCGGCUGUAGGAGAUGUUUCAAAUGGUAAGGACAAACCAUGGCUGGUUCCUGUAAUAGCUACAAUUGCUGUCUUGUUAAUCAUCACUCUGCUUGUUGUUAUAGUGGUUUUCGCCUAUCGAAGGAGGAAACCCAACGAAACCAAGAAGCCAAAACCAGAUAUCGAAUAUUACGCGGAUUUACGAAACCACCAAGAAACCGACAAACUAGGGAACGGGGAUGAUGGGACAGUCAACGGGAAUGUGAAUGCCACCACGCCAUCUACAUCUGCUGCUGAUGCUUUCAAGGUUCAGGGCGGGAGCAACGUCAUGAGCGCCGAUCUUGUUGGGAACCCUGUCUAUGAGAGCGGGGACGCGACGCCACGAGGAGAAGAGGGUGGUGCAAGCGAGUCACUCAUAAAAAACCAACUCUACGAAGGGUCGGGCAAUGAUCAGGAGGAGAGUAACGAAGAGGAUGGGGAUGGACCAGGUGAUAUUCGCUUUCAGCAAGUCAGGGGUAAUGCAUUGUAUGCAGUUGUCAAAAACUGAGACUAGUGGCGUAGCGUAACUUCACCAUGCUCUUGGAUGGAGCACUGAAUAAUUGGGGGGG